AAAAAAAAAAAAAAAAAGAAAGAAAAAUCUCAUCGCUGCCUCCGAAGCUAACUCAAAGUUUUCCGAACAGUUUUCUUUAUCGUUUAAUCGGCGGUUCCAGAGGAGCUAUGGCGCUAUGGAGCAGCUGCAGUCUCCGUGUUAUCUAGCUGGUUUUAACCGAUGAUGAAUAAUUAUAGUUUCAUCAGGGUUGUUGGGAAGGGAAGCUACGGAGAGGUGAACUUGGUGAAACACAAGACAGACCGAAAACAGUAUGUGAUAAAGAAGCUGAAUUUAACCACAUCGUCCAAGAGGGAGCGACGAGCUGCAGAGCAGGAGGCGCAGCUUCUCUCCCAACUGCGACAUCCCAACAUUGUGACUUACAGGGAGUCGUGGGAAGGAGACGACCGUCAGCUCUACAUAGUGAUGGGUUUCUGUGAAGGCGGGGACCUCUAUCACAGGCUCAAACAGCAGAAAGGGGAGCUUUUGCCAGAGAGACAGGUUGUGGAGUGGUUCGUCCAGAUAGCCAUGGCAUUACAGUAUCUCCAUGAGAGGAACAUUCUCCACAGAGACCUUAAAACGCAGAAUAUCUUCCUGACAAAAACCAACAUCAUCAAAGUUGGAGACCUGGGCAUCGCACGAGUUUUGGAGAACCAAAAUGAUAUGGCCAGUACUCUGAUUGGGACGCCGUACUACAUGAGUCCAGAGCUCUUCUCUAAUAAACCCUACAACCACAAGUCAGAUGUAUGGGCCCUGGGUUGCUGUGUGUAUGAGAUGUCCACGCUGAAGCACGCCUUCAACGCCAAAGACAUGAACUCACUGGUUUAUCGCAUUGUAGAGGGAAAGCUGCCACCAAUGCCAAGUCAGUACCACCCUCAGCUUGGAGAUCUGAUCAAGAGUAUGCUGUGUAAGAGACCUGAAGACAGACCUGAUGUCAAACAUGUCCUCCGGCAGCCCUACAUAAAACGUCAGAUCGCCAUGUUCCUUGAGGCCACCAAAGAAAAAACAUCCAAGUCGAAGAAAAAAGCCGUGGUUGGAUCUGGAGAUCACAGGAGCAACAGUCCAUCAGCUGCUGCGUCUUGUCCUUCAAAGCCUCCAAAGCUUCCUCCAUGUCCAAACACUGUUGCCCCGGUGAAGCUGAAAGAAGACACAGCACAGGAGAAUGAAGACCAGAACGGUGUCCCAGAUUUCCAACCUUCACGAUCUCCACCUCCAUCAGCUGACAUUCUCAAAGCCAGUAUCGCGCCCAUGGCAACCGUCAGCAACAUUAAUAUUGAUAUGGCUUCACAGUUGAAUGACAAUACGGUGAUGAAUCACAUUCAAAGGCCCCCGACCAUUAAGCCAAGCAGGGAACCUGCAACUCGCACCGUCCACAAAGAGGGCAAGACGAGGCGGAAACCGGAUCCCUCACCUCCCCCUCCCCCUGUGACUCCCCCUCCCAGAACUGCAGCAGACGAGAGGACAGCUUCCAAUGGGGUGUUAGGUAUCCGUCCAAACAGAGGUGAUACCUUUUCCGUCCCCGUGGAGAAACAGGACUCAGAUGUGGACAGUAAGGAUGACACUAACGAGUUACUUCAAGAGGCCGACGCACAGAAUUCAAAUGCUGGAAACAUUAUGGAUGUGGAUGGAAAUGUGGACAAUAAAAGUGAAACUGUGACUUUAGUCAAGCGUAUUCCAGCACAUCUACCACAUGUUGAUGUACGUUUUGAAAAGGACAGCCUCGAAAGUACGGAAAAGCUGUUAGAACGUCCAGCAGUGGGGCCUGUUGAAGAAGAAAUUUCUGCCGUUGCACCUAAACAGGAUCAAGGUAUUUUUUGCCAAAAUCUCCAGAUCCUUUCAGAGCCACAAGGAUUAGAGCCACUCAGACGUGGGAGGCUUUCAGAUCCAACUAAAGGGGAAAGUAAACAGUUUAAGGUAGCAGCUCCAAGACCUUUACCUCAACCUCCCAUAGAGGCUGCAGCUGUGGAGAGGAAAAAGAGGACCAAGAAGACCUCAGAGGGCAAGAGUGUUGAUGUGACUGCAGCCUCCACAUCUGUUAGCUCAUCCAAGGAUGGAUUAUUACCUCUACCACAAGAACGUCCUCUGACUGCCAGAGAGAGAAGACGUCUGAGGCAGUCCCAAGACAGCGCAGGACCAGCAGGUCCUAGUGCUGUGCGAAGGUCAUCGUAUGAUGUCAGCUCUGCUAGAGCUGAGCGACAUGUCCUCUUUACUCGAUCUGCUUCAUACUCCAUGACAGAGUCCAUUAGUAAGCACGAUAAACUGGCAGAGCAAAGAUCAGAUGAAGAUGAGUGCAGCUCAUCUACAAGCUCCACGGAGCGCUCCGAGGGAGACUGUAGGGAAAGAAAAACCGAAUCCAGCGACAUGCAUGAUUUGGUCCACAUGAUGACUCAGACUCUGAGGAUGGAUGUUGGAGAUGCCGGACAUGAGGUGGGAAAAGGCAGAUUGGAGCCCAGCACGCUGCCCGAAUUCAAGCUGAACCGCAGAUACAGGGACACCCUACUGCUUCAUGGGAAAGCCAGGGAAGAGGCGGAGAACCUUCCACUCCAGGAAAUACCAACAGAGGGCUCUCCAUCCGGUCCAGCUAAAGUCAGACGGGCAAUAGAGCGUCUGAGAACCGAUGUGGUGAAAGGUCUGGGUGUUAAGCUUUUGGAUAAGGUGCUUGAAAUCAUGGAGGAGGAAGAUGAGGUCAAAAGAGAACUGUGCCUUCGUGACCAGAUGGGAGAUGAGAAGUACCACGCUUAUGCCGUCAUGGUGAGACAGCUGAAGUUUUUUGAGGAUAUUGCCGUAAAGAUGUGAAAAGCAUGGUAGAAUACACUACGGGAUAGCACUGGUAACUCUAUCAAAUCAAACGUCCUUUUAUUUAUUACGGUACCUCUACCAAACUUAGACUGAAAUUUGUACCAGGAGGAAAAUUCAGAUCUGAUAAAUCAAUACAGAUAAUUAUCUUGAUGAGUUUUUGUUUUGACUUUCUGAGUAUUGACACCAAAUGUGAAAAUGAGCCUUUAAAGUUAAGGAUGCCUAUGCAAAGUUUAUUUUAAAGCUUCCCAUUUGGUUUUCUCUUUUAUUGUUGGAGUUUCAUUUAUUCAUUAUCCAAUUUAUCAUAUUUGUUAUUUCUGCUGUUAUUUGGACUUAUUUUCUUCUUUUAACAUGUGUAAUAGAUAUAUUGUAGAUAGUGUGAUUUCUAAUAAAACUAAAAUUUAA